AUGUCCUAUCCAGCAUUUGUCGAUGGCAAACCUCCAGUCAUAACCUUGAGUGAAUAUGAUGGCGCUGAUUGGGCUGAAAAAGUGGUUGCUAUAAUUAAUGAAAGUGAUAAUGAAGUAUUGGAUAAGAUCUUUAGAAGUGCUCAUAAUACUCAUGCCCAACAGCAAUCUCAAGCUAAAUAA